AUGACCCAGACCCCUGAUAAAAGGCAGGACCCCCUUAACCGGGGCGGUGGCUGGGCAUCCUCGGCCCCACUGUACACCUGGUCUUCUAGCCACAGCAGGCGCAGGGCCCCUAUUUACAACCGGCGCCACCGCUAUGGCCCCAAGGCUGAGUACGGGUCCCCCAGGAAACAGGAGAAACGCCAGCCCCGCCCAGGCCCUUGGUUCCAACCACCCGUCCCCUGCUGGGCCGGGUCCUCGCCCUGGGGCUGCUGGGGAAGACCCUGGCGCGCGCCCUUCGGGGGGUUCCCGCAGCUCCCCGGCCGCUUGCAGAUCAUCCCGGUGUACGGCGAGUGCCUGCCCUGCCUGUGCUGGUGUGCCUGCUGGCACGCGCCCUGGGGCCGUGGCUGGGGGAGGCCUCCCCCUGGCCAGAGGAAGUGCUGGGGCCGCAGGGGCCGCGGCCCGCACCGCUGCUCCCGGAGGGGCCCGCUGCGGCGGCCCCGCAGGCUGUAUGAGUGGCGGGAGCCCGGCAUGCGUGCGCCGCACAACACCACGCAGUUCAUCAUGAACCAGAUCUACGAGGACAUGCGGCAGCAGGAGAAACAGAAAGGCCAGCAGGCGGCGCUGCAGGCCAGAGCGCGCGGCCAGGCCUCCCCCGGCUCCGGCAGCGAGAUCGACGCGGAGCGGUGGGAACGUUCAUACGGCUUUGCGCAGAAUCCCAAUCUAGCCAUCACUCCGGAGCCCAAGCAGGAAAACCGUUCUCCCUCGCAUCGGCUGGUGGGGGGCGAGCAGGGAGGAGAAGUGAAGGAGGAGGCGCAGCAGCAGGAGGAGGAGUGUGCCCGGAAGGAGUGUGAGGGGAAGGAGGCUGAGAGCGAGGCUGGGAGCGAGGCUGAGAGCGAGGCUGGGAGCGAGGCUGAGAGCGAGGCUGGGAGCGAGGAAGACAAAGAGACUGAGACCGAGGAUGAAGAGGGCGCAGACGAGGAGCAGGUGGUGGCAGGAGAAGAGCAGAACGGGCUGGCGGGUCGGGCAAAGGAGGAGAAUCCUUUGCCUCUAGAUAUACCUUUAUCAUUCCUUGUGGAGGGAAGAGAGAACUUUCUGAACUAUGCUUAUUUGAGCAGAUGA